AUGGCUUAUCCCACCUCUACAAGACACAAAGAUGGUCUGACCGGGCUGUGUCAACAGAUGCAUCAGCUGCUCAAACUGGUGCAAAGAGUUCGGAACCACUUUGAGACUGACCUUCCAAUUGAGCAUCAUCUCACCUCCCUGCCUACUAUACAUCAUCGACCACAAGAUCUAGAAAGAGUGGAGGAGCACAGCACCCUAUCGCAGCUCUCGUCAGGCCUCCACUCUUUCAAGCUGCACUAUGACUGGUUGGUGUAUUGGCAGGACGAGUUAGGUCUGGAAUUAAAUAUCGAGGAACUCAUUAGGAAAAUCCAGUAUGUCAGCAUUCUGGUUCAGAAACAGACGAACGAGUCAACUCCACAAACUACUCUUCCUCCUCUGCCUUCUCCUACUUCUGCAUGGGACCUGUACAAGACAUCUGCUGUGAUUCGCAAAAAGCUCCAACAUUUCUGUGACUGGUAUGUCAGAGCCCUUCGGUUCCUAAGACACCGAAGACAAUAG